GUUUUUUUCAUUACAAGAACUGCACGUAUCACUAUCACAGAGCCUAAGCCAUUAUUUAGAAAACACCGGCAUUUUUACGACACUGUAUACAGUGUACUGCACAUUGAUAUGUUUUGUCUUUGUGGUCAGUUGAGAUCGACUGUUUGAGUAUUUCACUAGUCUAUCAUGCAUGCAAAGCAGACCUCUCUGAAUCCUGGGAAUGGACACUGCCUUGCCGGCGUGGCACUGAGUGAGCGCUAGUGUCGUACUUGUAGUGAUGAUUGUCUCCUCAUCUGGGCACCCCCGAUGGGGAAAUACCUGCAGCGACUUCAAGUUAACCUUCACUGGUUGCAUGCCUGGGUUUGCAGAGGUGUCUUGGGGCAAAACAGAUCCGCAACCAUGGAAGCCGUGGAAAUCAUGUACAAGAGUCCCAACUUCAUCGUUGUAAAUAAACAUUAUGACGUCAAAAUCAACAGCAAUGACAGUGGCGACAGGGUCACCGUGGCAACACAGCUGGCGUAUCGAUUUCCUCAGUUGGUGGAUGCAAGUGUCGCUCAUCAGUUUCGGUUUGUUCACCGUUUAGAUUACUCUACCAGUGGAGCUCUUUGUGUAGCUCUGAACAAGAAAGCAUCAGCCGAUGCUGUAAAGGCAUUCAAGAAGCACAAAGUCAAGAAGUCUUAUCAUGCCCUGUUGAGAGGUCAUGUAAGAGAGAACUACCUCCGUAUUGACAAGCCUGUUUAUCCCAACUCGCUGGAGGGCUACACUCACAUGAUGUGCGUGGUGGAUGAUGUUAGUGCCCCUCAGUCAGAUGCUGUCAAAAUACUCCCAGCGGUCACCGACUUAUACGUCAUACAGCGUGGUCUAUAUGACGGACAGCCAGCCAGCAAGGUGCUACUCAAGCCACUGACAGGAAGGAGGCACCAACUGAGGGUCCACUGCUGGAGUCUUGGGCACCCAGUCGUUGGCGAUUACACGUACAGUAUGCGGCGGGACGUCAAGCCGUAUCGCAUGAUGUUGCACGCGCAUCGACUCACCAUUCCAACUUCAGCAGAGACCGUGGAUGCUGUUGUUCAGGACCCUUUUGUGCCCGAGGUGGAUUCCAAAUGGCACCCCUUUGACAAAGAUGAAAUUCCUCCAGAUAUGGAUGACAGUAGCUCUAGUUUUGAGACUGUCUGCCCAAGCAGCAAAACACAAUGCCAGUUGAUGGACGGGAAACGAACUAGGUGACCACCAGCUUGAAACCAAUGCGUAAGCGGCCAUUUGCUGGAAGGAGAAGGAGACUGUGGCUUUUUAUGUCCCCAGCCUUCCCUAUGUGGAAGGGUUUAGCUCAGUGGUCAGGAUUUGUAUCUCCCACACAAUAGGGUUGGGGGUUCGAAUCCAGCCACUGGUUGCAUGUCGUGACCUUGAAGUCACUUUACCCGGACUUGCCUCACUCCACCCGUAAGGACAGAAAUGCUUUUGCUUGAUUAGCCGUUUGCAUCCAAAAUGGUAGCAUCAAGCUGUGUGUUUCCUAGAGAGCUGAGAUGGUUUAUUGAUGGUUAUGGGCACAGUGAUCAAGUUUAAUGCUGACGUAGCGCCUUGAGCACCAGAAAUUCUGGAUAUGUGCAUUUUAUAAAUAUUCAGUAUUAUUAAGUGUACCUGCUCCCUUCCAAAAGACAAAGGUUUGCUCACAAAUUGUAGCCAAUCAGUGAUCAGAGAACUUCCAAGGAAGCUUAGCCUCAGCCUGGUUGAAUCUGUACUUAACCUCAGAUAAUUUCAGAUUGUUUGAGGUUGCAAUAGAAUUAAAAUAUACAAGUUUAUAUUUAUGUUCUCUAGACAAGUUUGAACUGAUAUGCCACCAGUCCCACAAUGAAGUCAUUCUCAAAUUUUGGUGCUUCGAGGAACAUAGAAUUAAACAUUAUUUGCAUUGAUCAUUACCGUUAAGAUUUCAACUUUACUACAGAUUUCAAAGUUGAAGGGUCAAUUUAGACUUUUCACAUUUUUACACCAGGAAGUUCGUGUUUCACAAUACUUGUAUGGAAUGCGUGACGAAUUAGGAUGAAAAUGGCACAAACGAGGUGUUUCCAGGAUGAAUUUAUUGAGACAUUACAAGCCCUACACAAAUUCAAUGCAGAUUUCGAUUUCAUUGACUUCAAAAUACAAUUCAAAUUCUGUCAUUGACACACAAGACAUGCCACAAAACCGAUGAUGCUGUGCAAAUCUUCUCUGGAAUGUUAAAAUUAGUCCGGACUUGUCUUUCUUUUUUUCCACAAAGGUCCUUUUGAUACCAACUUACGGGUGUCUCCAGACAUUUUUUUUGCAAAUAUUAAAUUGAUUCUACGUAAGUAUAUACAGAAGAAAGAGCCAAAUCGUAUAAAAUUUGAUUGAAAUACUGACGUUUAAUGUCUUAGUUUAAUAAAUCUGGUUGUUGCAUUGA